AUGCCACCAACCAUCAAUCGAUCCAAAAAGCGCAAAUUCCACGCAGAUUUCGAACAAACAAUCCACAAAAUGGCUACGCCACUCAUGUCCUUUGUUAACAUCGAAACCGGCCAUCCACACCCCGAUUUCCCACGCAACCACUUAUCUUUCCACCUACUCACAUCCAACCAACUGGAUGCCCUGGCCCGACACUACCACCAAGUCUGGCCCGCUCAACCGGCGACAUCAUGCUAUCCCUUCCAGAUUCGGAGCUGGAUUGGGGCACCCGACCAGAGCUAUGUUGAUAUUAAUACGAAACGUCGACGCUUUGGGUUUUUCAUUGGGAUGCCUGGUUACGGUGAUCCGGUGAAUGGUGGGCCAGAAAGGCCGUGGUUGAGUUCGUUGGAGAAUAUUCUGUCUUUUGGGCCAGAAAGCACGGGUGAUGAGGAUGAGGAUUGCUAUGGCUACGGUUAUCAUGAUGAGGAGGUUAAGGAAGAUGAUGGGGAUUACGAAAUGAGUGAAAAUGAGGAAAUAUGUGUGCUAGAGGAAGAGGUCCUUGAGUGGAUGGCUCGUGAGUGGGAGGCGGCGCUUCGUGAAGCGAGCGAUCGGAGCCGUGGUCCUUUCCGGAAGUAUUGA